UCUGUGUGAAGUGAAACUUGCUGAUCUCAUUUCACUUCAUAAACACAACCCAGACCACUGCCGUCCUCCACCUGCAUCUGUACCUGCGGUCUGAGGAGGAAAGCUGCAUUUAUAACCCCACGAUGUCCGGACACGGCCACGGCCAUGGACACGGCUGCGGGUGCGAGGGGGAACACGAGCCCGCAGAGAGGGGCCUGGAGUACGGACUGUACCGGCGGAUCGACCUGGACAAGCUCCAGUGUCUGAACGAGAGCCGGGACGGGGACGGGAGGCUGGUCUUCAAGCCCUGGGACCAGAGGACCGACCGGGAAAAGUUUGUGGAGAGCGACGCUGAUGAAGAGCUGCUGUUCAAUGUGCCUUUUACAGGCAAUGUGAAGCUAAAAGGAAUCAUCAUAUCUGGAGAGGAUGACGAGUCUCAUCCAGCUGAGAUACGACUGUACAAAAACAUUCCCCACAUGUCCUUCGACGACACAGGCAGAGAACCCGAUCAAGCCUUCAGACUGAACCGAGACCCCAGAGCUGAACUGGAGUAUCCGACAAAGAUCGCCCGUUUCUCAAAUGUUGAGCACCUCUCCAUUCACAUCUCAAAGAACUUCGGAGCAGAAAGCACUCGUGUUUACUACAUUGGUCUGAGAGGGGAAUAUUCAGAGGCUCACAGACAUGAAGUGACGAUCUGUAACUAUGAGGCAGCAGCGAACCCUGCAGAUCACAAGGUGGAGAGCAUCAUCCCACAAACCAACUUCAUUUCCUGAAAGCUCCACAGAGACUGAAGAAGAAGGAGGAGGAAGAGGAGUAGGAUGAGGAGAGGCUUUUGUGGCAUCCCCUGACUGCCACUGACACGGGUCAAAGAGUCAAGGAUGUGUUCAACGCUGCGUAUGGGCAGGUUGGUCGAGCUCCACUGGAACUGAGCACUGAAAUCUGAAGAGCAGAGGGCUUCAGAUCUGUGUGGACAUGCAACGCUGUCGCCUUGUUUCUUUGGCAAUAAACCCUGAAGGCUUGGAAGAUGCUGGCAAAACGCUUAAUAAAUGCAUGAAACACCGGGCGCUCGGAUAAAGUGUGCUGUUGUCAGAUUAAUGUGUAUAAUCUGAUUCAUGUCCAAACAUAUCCACUACUUCAGUAAAGUGGCACCUACUCUGUAAUAAAACACCGAGUUGAAAAUGACUCACUGAGUGAA